GGAAUUUUGGUAGGAUUGUCUGUUUUCAUAUUCUGUUUUUUUUUAACUCCUCCCGUCUCUCCCGAGAUCUUUUCCUGCCCUGCAAAAACAGAACUGGAGUCCAGAAGGUGGGUACGGGGGACUACAAGGAUCAGCUUCCCUGCUUUUUAUUCCAAGGAAGUUUUCCCGCAUUAAAGGACUUAUUUAAGGGUAAUUCUUGGCAAUGGAGGCAGAACCUAUCUUCAAGACCCCCAGCAAACCAGCUGAAAGAAAGAAAGCAGGACCAGAUUGUUCUCCAUCUUUAAUAUCUAUCCCAGCUUCUCCCUUCAUGCAGAAGCUUGGUUAUGGAACUGGAGUCAAUGUUUAUCUUAUGAAAAGAUCUCCAAAAGGGAUCUCUCAUUCCCCCUGGGCUGUGAAGAAGAUAAAUCCUAAAUGUGACUCCAAUCAGCGAAACACAUAUCAGAAAAGACUAAAUGAAGAAGCUAAGAUUUUGAAAAAUCUUCAGCACCCAAACAUUGUGGGAUAUCGUGCAUUUACUGAAGCCAAAGAUGGGAGUAUGUGCCUUGCCAUGGAAUAUGGGGGAGAAAAAUCUCUCAAUGACCUAAUAGAAGAGAGAAGAGCACAACACCUGGGGCCCUUUCCAGCUGCCACCAUCCUCAAAGUUGCCUUGCACAUGGCAAGAGGACUGAAGUAUCUACACAAUGACAAAAAAUUGCUUCAUGGAGACAUCAAAUCUUCCAAUGUUGUCAUUAAAGGUGCCUUUGAAUCAAUAAAGAUCUGUGACGUGGGAGUUUCAUUGCCUCUGGAUGAGAACAUGACGGUGAGUGACCCAGAGGCCCACUACAUUGGCACUGAGCCCUGGAAACCAAAGGAAGCUCUGGAGGAAGAUGGCACCAUCACCGACAAGGCUGAUAUCUUUGCAUUUGGGCUGACUCUGUGGGAAAUGAUGACACUUUCCAUACCUCAUCUUACCCUUCCCGGAGAUGACGAAGUAUCAGAUGAAGAUGCUUCUUUUGAUGAAGACGACUUUGACGAAUCUGCAUACUAUGAGGCUCUUGGGACAAGGCCUCUACUCAAUGUGGAAGAGCUAGGCCCGCUGUAUCAAAAUGUCAUCGAGCUGUUCUCUGUCUGCACCUUUGAGGAUCCUAAGAAACGUCCCGCAGCUGCGCUCAUUGUUGAUUGCUUAGAAGCAUAGGGAUCCGCACAACAACCACCUUCUCUGUAUUCCUGCACUGCUGUUGCAGUUUCUCAUAUUUUUCCUGACUUUUCUUUCGGCCACCAUUGAAAUGACUAGAUGUUGGAUGUAUAUAGUUACAUGGGGAAACUGUGACGUAAAUGCUCAGAAAAUGGAUGGUUCCCAGUGUAAAGAUUUUAUAGCCUUGAAAGAUUGUUCCAAGUAGUUUCUCCAAGGAUAGAAAUACUUCGUUGAGUUGCUGAUAAACCUCUGGAAGGUUCCAUGUUGUAUUGUUUCCCUUUUCCAUCCCCCUCCCCCAUUGUUUUGCAGUAUUUUUUGUUAACUUAAUUCUUUAUACUCUUGUCUUAUUUGUUGACCGAGGCUAGCUAAAACUAGUUGUAGGUCUUCACUAAUGCAGUUUCUGAGGAAGUAAUGUACUGUAUGGCUUAUUUACUACCCUGCACUAGUACUAGUUUUACCUGCUAUUUUAUGUAACAGUAUAAAAUAAAGGGCA